CCUAACUUUUGAUUAUAAAUAGAAGAUUAGAGAAUGAUAGAAAGUGUAGAAAAUCCGGAGGAGAAAAGAAGAUCAGAAAAACUGUCAUGGAAAACAGUGGAAGUUUCAAAGAGAAGUCUUUUUUCAAUGGGGUCUACUUUGGUGAAUUCAAGAGUGAACUUUUCCAUGGCAAUGGAAAGUAUACAUGGUCAAAUGGAACAAUAUAUGAAGGUGAUUGGGUUGAUGGAAAGAGAACAGGAAAAGGGCGGAUCAUAUGGCCAUGCGGGAAAGAGUAUAAGGGCGGUGAUAACGGCGGUGAUAACGGCCCUUUAAAGGGGGAGAAUAGAUACAUCUACAUUGGAAACUGGAAAAACAAUAAAAAAGAUGGAAGAGGGACCGUAAAGUACGCUGAUGGUGCUGUUUUAGAGGGUUGUUGGUCGAAUGGAGUGUUAAGGUCAGGAGUUUCAAGAUUUGCAAAUGUAUAGCGGUGACUUUAAGAGUAGUCUUUUCCAUAGAAAAGGAGAGAGCAUAGCGUUGAAUGACGAAAUAACAUACGAGGGUGAUUGGGUUAAUGGAAAAAUGACUGGGAAGGGAUCGAUGAUAUGGCCAUCGGGAACAAAUUAUGAGGCAAAGGUUUUUGAGAUUUUUGCUCAUGGUAAUGGCACAUACACUUGGAAGGAUGGAAGUGUUUACACUGGAAAUUGGAGAAACCAUAAAAGAGGUGCAAAAGGGAUUAUGAAAUGGGCUAAUGGUGAUGUUUUUGAUGGUUGUUGGUGGAACGGAGAAAGACAUGGAUCUGGAGUUUAUAGAUUUGCAAACGGGGAUGUCUGUAUUGGUUACUUCAAAAGCAAGUUUCUCCAUGGCAAGGGAAAGUACACAUCUGCAAAUGGAACAAUAUAUAAGGGAUAUUGGGAUAAUGGAACAAUGACAGGGAAAAUACCUAUGAUAAAGGAUCCUCAGAAUCUUGUUGGAGAUUGCAUGUUAUUGCAGAUUUCUAAUAAAGAUGAAUCCGGCACUGGUUUGAGCUGUUUGGUUAUCAAAGGGAAAUAUAUAGAAGGAGUUCUAAUUAUUGAGAAAAUUGAUCAGAACUCAGAAAAGAAGAAGAGUUCAAGUAUUAACAAAUUUUUCAAGACCGUCAAAGCUAAGCUGGAGCGUAAUUUGCAACAACUUCGCAUCAGAGAUCAUGAGGCAAUGUGAAAGAGUGAUCAUGUACUGAACAACAUGAUGAUGACAAAAGAUCUCACUUUGUUGAGUCUUGAUUAUUCAGUAGCACAAUAUAUUACAUUACUAUUGAUUUUCUCUCUGAGGCUAGAGGAGAGUUUGCAAUAUGAACAAUAAGAAAAGCCAUUGAUUUU